GCACAUCUUCUGCACUUUUCUUUUCGGAGUCCUAGACCGUAAAGGUUAAAUGAACAUCUGGAAUCAUCAUAUUUUAUGAUUUUGACGUGCCAGUUUAAUAAUAAUAAUUGUGAAAUAACUCGAAGAAUAUUCAUUUGAUGAACCGAAAACGCUUAUUUUUUUUAUUACAAAAAUUCCACUCUGAUUCGAUCAUUGAGGGGGAAGAUGUGACAAGUUGCAGUGAUUAAUGGAUCACCAUGGCUGUUUUCAAAUCAAAAGCUGUUUGUUUAUUGAAAACUAUUGGAUUAUCCAGAUAACGCAAAGCAUCUGUAAAUUAUACAAAACGUAUAAAUAAUGUCCUUCAGAAUACGUUUAGCUCGCAGCAGACCAAUUAGACUUCUGGGGAAUGUAGCCAUGAAGUGUUGGGCUUUCAGUGGAGCAUAUAUCCUCGUGUGCUUCUUUUUAUAUUGGCUGUACGGUGGAGUUUUGGCUUUCUUCUUGCUGUGUUUCGCCACAACUGGAAUACUCUAUCACAGAGAAGAUCAACUUCUUUAUCAUCCAGAACUCCCAACCCAUUCGAGAGUUUACGUACCGGCUCCUUCAAUAUUUAGUUUACCUUAUCAAAGUAUAUAUACCAGAGCUGGAGAUGGCACAAUGCUGCACAUGUUUUUCGUUUCUCAGCCAGAAGAUAGAAUGAGGAAGGUGCCUACGUUGCUGUUUCUCCAUGGCAAUGCUGGCAACAUGGGCCAUCGGUUGCAAAAUAUAGUAGGGCUCUAUCAUACUAUUCAGUGCAACAUUCUAAUGUUAGAAUACCGAGGGUAUGGCCUGUCGCAGGGCACUCCUUCGGAGGAGGGUCUUUAUAUGGAUGCUCGAGCAGGGAUAGAUUAUCUGUUUAGUAGAACAGAUAUUAAUACCAAUGAGAUCAUAGUAUUUGGUAGAUCACUGGGUGGAGCAAUAGCCAUUGAUUUAGCCACGAAGGAGGAAAAUUCACAGAGAAUUUGGUGCCUUAUACUUGAAAACACCUUCACCAGUAUCCCAGAUAUGGCCGCCUUAUUUGUAGGAUCUAAAUUUUUACAGUAUUUGCCACUUUUUGUAUACAAGAACAAGUAUUUGUCUAUUCUGAAAGUUCGCUCAGUCACAGUACCCACUCUGUUCAUUUCCGGUCUGGCGGACACAUUGGUACCACCCCGUAUGAUGCAAGACCUUUACAAGAAUUGCCGAAGCAUAUACAAGCGUAUACUUCCAAUUGUCGAUGGCACACAUAACGAAACCUGGUGUCAGCCGAGUUAUUAUCAAAAUAUUAACAACUAUCUGACUGAGCUCAGGGAAAAUCCACAUCCAAGGGUAACGUCUAGUCAUUGGCAAAUCGAUAAUGUUUAGUAAUAAAACGCUUCUAUUGUCACAUCUAUUGUCGUUUAUUAAUAUCAUAAACGUAAAGGUGUUACAGAUGUAAAAGACUUGACCUUAUCAAAUUGAACUUUUUCUACUUUUCGUAGAGAUUAUCUUCGCGCGUUGCAAAAACGGAAAAGUCGAUCUUAUUGAUUCAAAAGUGAUUAAUAACUAUUGUUACGUCCAAAUCGAAUCAUAAUUAAAUAAAAUAAUUAUCUCAAAUUAUUGUAAGUCAAUUCAUUCAAAUGAUUUAACUAAUUUCUUUUAAUUGGCUUAGAUUAAUUUGAUUUAAUUAUGAUUAGUUAAAUAAAAUAAUCAGUAAUCGAAAUAAAGUUCAUUAAUCAAUGGAAAAUAGAUAUAAUUAAGUAUCUCAAGAAAUUCUAUAACGUACGGGAACUAAGUGUGAAUUAAGAAUAGCAAAAGGUAAAAGUUCUUAAAAAUACGAUUUAAAGGUAUGUGAAGAGAGUAUUGUAUGUGAAUAUUAGACAACUUUAUUAAAGUAAGUUUAUUUUGUAACUACUAAAGUAUGCAUGUAUCCACAAAGAUGAGAUUUUUGACAUGUUUCUUUAUAUAAAUUGUAUUGUAUAUUAUAUAUGAUUGCAGACCGUUCCUGUUACACAAUAAGUACUAUAGUAAAAAAUUUAAAAAAGGAUUAUAAAUUAUAACAGCUAAUUUAUGCAAUUUUUGCAAGAACUUGCAUCAAUUGCAUAUUAUGUAAGUUGUGCUAAGAAAAUAAAAAAUAUCUUUUAUAUUUUUUCCCAAUAAAA